AUAACUGUUUUGCAAACCGUUCUCUAUGCUUUGUUUCUUCUCAUCUACACCACUUUCGCUUCCUGCUGCCUGCGUUUCUACAGCGACAAGUCGUUAGCAAGAGCACAGAUAGACACAUAAAGAGGAAAGGCCGUCCUCGACCGUGUUGUUCCUCCUUGCUCUUCCUUCAUCACCACCUUUCUCCCUUGACUGAACUGCAUUGCAAGAUACCGCCCUAAAUUACAAUCAUGUUCGUCUUCAAACGAGAUGGACGCAAAGAACGCGUUCAGUUCGACAAGAUCACAGCACGUGUCUCGAGACUGUGCUAUGGUCUUGAUCCUGAACACGUUGAUGCAGCAGCUAUCACCCAGAAAGUGAUUUCUGGUGUCUACCAAGGUGUCACCACCAUUGAGCUGGACAAUCUGGCCGCAGAGACCGCAGCGUACAUGACAGUCACACAUCCCGACUAUGCCAUCCUAGCAGCGCGGAUUGCUGUCUCCAACCUCCACAAACAGACCAAGAAACAGUUCUCAUCCGUGGUGUCAGAUCUCUACCACUAUGUCAACCCCAAGAAUCAAAAGCCGUCUCCUAUGAUAUCGAAAGAAACAUACGAGUGUGUCAUGAAGCACGCCGAUGAGCUCAACUCGGCCAUUGUAUAUGACCGAGACUUCAACUACCAAUACUUUGGCUUCAAGACGUUGGAACGAUCAUAUUUGCUCAAGAUCGGCAAGCAAGUUGCUGAACGACCACAACACAUGCUGAUGCGUGUGUCUGUCGGUAUUCAUGGCGAUGACGUUGAGAAGGCCAUCGAGACUUACAACCUCAUGUCUCAGAAGUGCUUUACUCACGCCUCUCCUACGCUGUUCAAUGCUGGAACGCCUCAGCCUCAAUUGUCUUCAUGCUUCUUAAUUGACAUGAAGGAGGACAGCAUUGAAGGUAUCUAUGACACACUCAAGACCUGUGCUAUGAUCUCCAAGACCGCUGGCGGUAUUGGUCUCAAUGCUCACUGCAUUCGUGCUACUGGCUCAUACAUUGCCGGCACCAAUGGGACCUCCAAUGGUCUCAUCCCAAUGCUCAGAGUCUUCAACAACACUGCCCGUUAUGUCGACCAGGGUGGCAACAAGCGUCCAGGUGCCUUCGCCAUCUACCUCGAGCCAUGGCAUGCAGAUGUCUUUGACUUUUUGAACUUGAGAAAGAACCACGGCAAAGAAGAAGUCCGUGCUCGUGACCUUUUCUACGCGCUGUGGACUCCUGAUCUUUUCAUGAAGCGUGUUGAGAAGAACCAGGACUGGACUCUCUUCUGCCCUCACGAGGCGCCUGGUCUUGCUGAUGUAUAUGGUGAAAAAUUCGAGGCUCUCUAUGAGAAAUACGAGCGGGAAGGACGUGGUCGUCAAACCAUCAAAGCCCAGAAGCUGUGGUAUGCUAUCCUUGAGGCUCAGACUGAGACUGGCACACCCUACAUCUUGUACAAGGAUGCAUGCAACGAGAAGAGCAACCAGAAGAACUUGGGCACUAUUCGAAGCUCAAACUUGUGUACGGAGAUUGUCGAGUACACUUCGCCUGAUGAGGUGGCUGUCUGCAAUCUUGCCUCCCUGGCACUGCCGACCUUUGUCGACCAGGCGAGUGGCGAAUAUGACUUUGGCCGCCUCCAUGAGGUUACCCAAGUUGUCACUCGAAACCUGAACAAGAUCAUCGAUGUCAACUACUACCCCGUAGUUGAGGCCAAGAACAGCAACAUGAGACAUCGACCUGUCGGUCUUGGUGUCCAAGGUCUUGCCGAUGCUUUCCUGGCACUACGUCUGCCUUUCGACUCUCCAGAAGCCAGACAGCUCAACAUCCAGAUCUUUGAGACCAUCUACCACGCCGCAUUGACAGCAUCUUGCGAGCUCGCCAAGGAACAAGGCACUUAUGAAACCUAUGAGGGCAGCCCAGUCUCACAGGGCAUCCUUCAAUAUGACAUGUGGAAUGUCACUCCUUCUGACCUCUGGGACUGGGAUGGCCUGAAAGCAGAAAUUGCUAAGCACGGUAUCCGCAACUCCCUUCUUGUCGCUCCUAUGCCUACUGCAUCGACUUCCCAGAUCUUGGGUAACAACGAAUGCUUUGAGCCAUACACAUCCAACAUCUAUUCUCGACGUGUAUUGGCUGGUGAAUUCCAAGUCGUCAACCCAUGGCUGUUGAAGGACUUGGUCGACCUUGGCCUCUGGUCUGACAAUAUGAAGAACCGUAUCAUUGCCGAUGGUGGCUCAAUUCAGAACAUUCCCAACAUCCCUGAUGAUAUGAAGGCUCUGUACAAGACUGUCUGGGAAAUCAGCCAGCGUAAUGUUUUGCAGAUGGCUGCCGACCGUGGUGCCUUCAUCGAUCAGUCUCAAUCUCUCAACAUCCAUCUCAAGGAGCCGACCAUGGGCAAGAUCACAUCUAUGCACUUUGCUGGCUGGAAGAUGGGUUUGAAGACUGGCAUGUACUAUCUCCGAACCAUGGCUGCCACUCAACCCAUUCAAUUCACUGUGGACCAAGAGCAGCUCAAGGUUGCAGAUACCAAUGUUGCCCGGGAACGAAGCGCUCCUAAGAAGCGGACCUCGCUCGGUUAUGGACAGAGCUACACAACUUCCAGCGUGCGACCCAUGUAUGCAUCCAAGAACUCCAACUCGAACUUUAACGGUGGAGCUACAUCGUUGAAUGGUAUCCCGACCCCUACAUCGACACCACCCCCAACGGAAGAGAAGCAGCUCGUCAACAAGCUAGCUCGUAGCCGUCUCAGUGACGGUGCUAGCAGUGGUGAGCCUAGCCCCAAGGUCUUGCCCACCGACCCCAUCGACAAACCCAUUACCGAGGAGAGUCUGGAAGACAGAGAAGCCACCAAGGCUCUUCAAGAUGAGGACAAGGAGAGUGACUCGGAAGAACGUGAGGGGGAUAUCUAUGCACAAAAAGUUCUACAGUGUUCCAUUGAGAAUAAGGAGGCAUGCAUCAUGUGCAGUGGUUAGACGAUGUCUUGACUUUUGUAUUGUGAUCAAUAUUGUUGGUGCGCCGGCAUUAUCAAGUGCAUAGAGGGCACGUUUCCAAUGAGCAAUCGAUACACUUUUGUUGGAUGCUUUUCAUGGUUUUAAAUGUACAGACGGAGUUUCGAGGCACGGCAUGAUGGGAUGUAUGGAAUGGAAUCAACACUGGAUUGGAUGGAAUGUAGUAAUGAGACCUUUUUCAUUGUUUUUGCUUUGAGAUUUCAUGGCCUGUCGGUUACACGAUAGACACGCCUUGCACGUCUUGAUGGAGAUUGUACCAUUCGGGCCCCAAUGUGUAUGAAAGAGAAUUCAGUUUAGCAAAUUUCUUGAGGGCGAGAGGUACCCCGUGUGCCUACGAGCCUCCAA